AUGCACCCUACAUAUAUGUAUGUCCCUGAGUGCAAGGAGGUCCUCCGGCUGGUACAACUUGCGCACGAGGAGCACCCGUUUUCAGGGUUCUCGGGCAAAUCCUUCAAGACCAUUGGGUAUUUGGCUAUCCACAAAGACAUAUACCCGAUAUACGUGGAUGAAACCUACAGGAAGGUCAAGCCGUGGCUGGCAGUAAUAAAAAAUAUAGGGACCCUGGGUAUCACCGACAGUGUGGACAUCACCCGUACUCACCCAUUGUUUGAAUCAACGGAUGCUGAUGGAGAAUUCAUCCGGAAGGAGGUAAAGGCCUCCUAUUGUAGGCCGAAUGAACUGGGUGAGCCAAGACCUAUGUGGUUGCUUGCUGAGCUAUCGCAUGCCUCUGUAAAAUUCCACCCGCCAUUAUUUCCAGAUGGGUUCCCACCCCCCGCGCAUCCUGUUCCUGCAGAGAACCUAAUAUCUGCGUGCGAGAUGUCACAUGCUACCCUUUCGACUGCCAAAGUCGAGACACACCCACUGGCUCCUCCUGCACCCAUCUCCAUUAACAUGCCAUUCACACCUCCCAAAUCUCUUGAAAUCCGGUACGCCUCUAGCGAUGUGCAGGGUAUGCAGACCCUCGAUAUGCAGGCCUACGACAUGCCGCCCUUCGAUAUGCAGUCCCUUGAUAUGGAUAUGUCCCUUGUAGAUCCUCUAGACUUGGGUAACCACAUUUUCUGGCCACUACCCUCUGACAUCUCCGCCAGCGGUAUGACACCCCCCCCCAAUUCGGAUAUGGAUUUGUAUCCAGAGCUAGCCUGGAAAGACUCUACUAAUCUAUGGGGGAAUUUGGCCGAGGACGACAAAAAAAGAUACCGAGUUGUGGUGCAAAAGACAAGCUGGGAGCAAGCCUUGAAGCUCACGAAAUGCCUGUUCUUGGGCAGUCUGUGGGUUGGACUCCAUGGAAAUCCAUUCAGGGUUUCAGUAGUGGAAACACGACGCCUCAUUACAAACAGCUUUCUAACCUCUUUACGGAUUGAUGGCAAGAUGUACUCACAGUUUGUCGAACGACCAUUGGUCUUGCAUCAUACCACUAUCGGGUGGUCGGUCAUCCGCACCAGUGUGCGCUCUCCCUCAUCCCUGCUCCAACUCAUCCCUGACUUGUCGGUACAGCUAGUUAAAAUGCUCGACAACGCGAAGGGUGAAUUGCGAAAAGUCCUGAAGGGAGCCAUGACCCACUAUACUGGGUUUUGUGGUAGCUUGCCCUCGCAUAGGAAAGAACAAAUCAUCUAUUUCGUUACGCUUUUCAACUCAAAAGAUCUUCGUGAUAUACAAAACACCAUUGCCCUAUUUAUAGGACUGCAAGCCUUCAGGGAACUGAUCUGGGCAGCGUUGUUUGUCCCGAUUGAAGAGUUGGCGCAUGGCAAAGAAGAUGGUAGGGUAGCAGACCUUUUCACCGAAGAGGUCUGCACAUCAACUGGGUGCUUAGCGCAGGAUACUGUGUGUAAUCUAAUGACACUCGUAUACAAUACGAUGGUCCUUAUCUUGAAAGAACUACGUCGCAAAGAAGCCAAAAAGGAUGAUUAUUGCCCAACGGAUGACCCUAAAUACGAGGCGCAUGAGGUCAUGAAUGGAAUCAUCAUGUCUGUGCUUGGCCCGAUGUAUGAAAACCCGUGCGAGUUUGUUGCCUUCACAAAGGAGGUGACGCACCUGCCCUUCAUCAUGUGUGUGAACGUACUGGGUUUUGACCCGAAGAAACAAAUUCCUCGAAAGGGCACGGUCGGGAAGAAAAGGGUGUUGAGAUCUAUGGAAGAUGUUGUUACCAACAUCAGCCUUUCUCAAUCAUCGUCCAGUGCCGCAUUAGGUGGCCUGCCGAACAAUGGAGGCUUUAGGUGUUACAGGUCGUUCACAGAUAUUUCUUACUCCCUCGACUAUUUCACACCUCAGCCUGCUGUCGAGUAA